GGUAAAGGUUAUGCUACGUUACAACCAAACAAAGGUCUUAAGUGGAUAUGAUAUUUUUAUCUUUGUAAUUUUUUGAAACUCUAGUUUGUUAUUAUUUUUCGUUUAUUUUAUUUUGGAUACUUGCUAUCUUGUUAUGUUAUGUGAAAUUGAUAUAUUUUGAUUCUAUGAUCCCAAUUCAUGAAGAGGUUUAUCUUAUCAUGUUAACCCAGUGAGUCAAACAUAUUAAAGGACUUAAUCAUAAUGGAAAAUACUGAAAGUGGUGAUGAACUUGGGACUUCAUUUUUACACAGUGAUCCUCAAGCAUUCCUUGUUCAAGAGGACAUGGAUGAUGAAUUAGAACUUGCUGAAGAGAAUAAUACUGAUGAUUCAAGCCAUGAUGUAGAAACUAGGCACAUCCUGAGGGAACAAGACAGGUUUUUACCUAUAGCCAAUGUUGCUAAAAUUAUGAAGAAAGCGAUCCCUGAAAGUGGAAAAAUUGCCAAAGACGCUCGGGAAUGUGUUCAAGAAUGCGUUUCUGAAUUCAUCAGUUUUAUUACUUCCGAGGCAUCUGAAAGAUGUCACAUGGAAAAACGAAAAACCAUAAAUGGAGAAGAUAUACUAUUUGCUAUGACAACUCUUGGUUUUGAUAACUACGUAGAACCACUCAAGCUGUAUUUACUUAAGUACCGAGAGGCAACAAAGGGAGUUCCUAGAACUAUAGGGAAUGCAGAUGUUUUCGAUGAUGUUCCUGAAGAAGUUUUCAGUGGAAGUUCAAAGAUGCUAAGCGAAAGCGGAGGUCAAGAAACUCUCAUAUACUAUCCAGCACAUUUUUCUUCAACAUGAGGAACAGCACAUGUGUACAGCCGCUGGCUAAAACUGUAAAAAAAUCUAAAGACUUAUUUUUUUACUACUCCGUUUAUAUUAAUCACAGGAUUUAAUCAAGUCUCAUCAAUCAUAGGAUAUACCCAAUUAAAUAUGUAUAUGCCAUCAUUGUGUUUUUCGAGU